AUGGUGAUAGAAACUUUCUUCAUUUUGCACCGAGGUGGUGAAAUUUUAUUCCGUUGGACUACCAACGAAGAAAGUGAUAAACAAUUUUCGUUUAAUGUUUUUAUUAAAGACCGUCUUCUAAGGAAGAAAAGUGGAGAUCAACUUUCAAGUUACGCUCCGGUCUCAAGCUCUCUCUCAUUUAGUUGGAUAACUUAUGACGAGCUUGAACUGGUAUUUCUGGUUUCAAAUCAAAAAUCCUUGACCGUCCCGUAUCUCCAUGACUUUCUUGUUCAAGUUCGAUGUGCCUGUGUGGAUGUUUUAUUAGAAAAUAGCCAAUCUACUUCUACUUUUGCUAGUGUAUUUGACGGGAUUUUUGAAAAGAUUCGCUUGAGGUGCAUAAAUCAAUUUGCAGAUGAAGCACAUAAAGAUAGAGUUAAUAUUAACUCUUCUGGUACUGGAGUUGAUGACUUAACUCAGAAUAGGCUUGACUUCUCGAGUGACCGUUCAAAAGGGAAAUUUUCUCGCGAGUAUGGAAUAGAUUUCGAAAACUCUGAGAUGAGCAAAGGAAAAGAUAACAGCCCUAGCAUUUGGGUAACCGAAAUUCUUCAAGGAAAACUUGCGAAGAAGUUGAUAGGUAAAGUUAAAUUAUCGGAAUCAGAUUUCAAGCCUGUUAUAGAAGAGUUUAAACUAAAGUUGGUAAAUAAAAAUGUUGCUGAAACAAUUGCUGAAAACAUUUGCAAAAGUGCUUCAAUUCAAUUAUUGAAUAAUACAAUUACGUCGUUAUCUCAAGUUUCUAAAAUUCUGGACCAAGUGGUUGUUGAUAAUCUAGUACAGAUACUGUCUCCACUACGGCAGGUAGAUGUUCUGAGAGAAAUACAAGAGUCGCGCUUUAAGAAACAAGUUUAUAUCAUACUUUUUGUAGGAGUUAAUGGUGUCGGAAAAAGUACGAGCUUGUCUAAAGUCGCUUACUGGAUUCAGAAGAACGAACUUUCGCCAAUGGUUGCAGCUUGUGACACUUUCCGGGCCGGAGCUGUAGAGCAGCUCAGAACACAUUGCCAGAGGUUAGGUAUACCUCUUUAUGAGCGUGGUUAUGAAAAAGAUCCUGCAGUUGUUGCUUACGAAGCUGUUAAACAUGCCAAUCGUCUGAAAAUGGAUGUGCUAUUGAUUGAUACUGCUGGACGCAUGCAAGAUAAUGAACCUUUGAUGAGAGCUCUGUCGAAGUUGAUCAAUCUAAAUAAACCAAAUUUAACACUCUUUGUAGGAGAAGCUUUAGUUGGGAAUGAGGCUUCUGAGCAACUGAAGACUUUUAACCAGCGACUUCUUGAUUUAAUAGAUGAGCGCAAACAUACUGCAGUUGAUGGCAUUAUAUUAUCCAAGUUCGAUACUGUUGGGGACAAAAUUGGGGCAGCUAUAUCUAUGGUAUAUUCAAAUAAUAUACCGAUAAUAUUCUUAGGCUGCGGCCAAACUUAUACAGAUCUUAGAAGGUUUGAUGUUGAAACUUUUGCGAAAGUCUUGUCAAACUAG